CGCAUUCCUCAGGUGGCAGCAGCAGCUCUGUAUGACUGACUCCCUUCACUGAAGAAUAGAAAUAAACGGGGGAUGAAACACCGUCCGUCGCCGUCGUUAUGUAAUGUAACUUACUCUUUUUGUUAGCAGCUACUAUCGGACGGUCUGUGGUGUCUUGGAGGAUUUCGUACCCUAACACCUUCUCGGGCCACAGCUCCAACCUACACUUUUACUUUUUUUUUUUCUGGCUGCAUCCUGAGCUGGUUGAGUUGGAAAUACAUGGACACGAGAUAACCGAUGACUGAGGGACUUUUUGCUUUCUCUGGCCUGUGUGUUGGUGAUGGCUGAACUGAUGCCGUCGGACUCAAGAAGGUGUACGUAUUUCUUCCUCUAUGAUGGAUCCAAAGUCAAAGGAGAGGGGGACCCUACGAGACAGGGAAUCUGCUACUUCUACCCUGAGGAGACAUCUUUAGAUAAACAGGAGCUGCUGUGUGGUCAGCUGGCUGGUGUGGGCCGCUGUGUCUCUGAACUUGCUUUCUCUCCUGUGCGCAUACUGAGGCUGCGCCGCAACAAGUUUGCCAUCCGCAUGAAAGAUGAUUUCUUCUGGGCUCUGGGCUGCUCAGUGGAAGUGCCCACAGUCAGUGUGUGUGAGCUCCUGGAUCAGCUCAUAAACCUCUUUUGUUUCUACAAUGGGUCCGUCAGACGCAGCUACCAGCUUAACAGUCGGGAGAGUCUGGCUGCUCGAUGGGCGCAGUACCUUUCGUACCUGCAGUCAGGAUGCUCAGAGCUUCAUUAUAUCUUCAGCUGCUUGAAGACUCUCGACUCAACUAAUGUUGACCCCCUCCUCCUGCUCAAAGCGGCCCUCAUCCUGCAGGCGUGUCAGCGCUGCCCUCUAGUGUUAGCAGGCUGUAUUCUCUUCAGAGGAAGAGUUGUGAGCACACAGAUGAGCCCACAGCUCACCAUGAAGGUGAUGGUUCAUGAGAAUGAAACGUACAACAGGAGGCCCACAGGAGAGAGGACCUCCAGUCCGUUUAGUGGUGAUGUCUGCGCCACCACCGUGUACCUGACCAUGGCUGAACUGCAGUAUCUGCAGUCGGCUCCUAUCGACAAGGAUUUUGGUUCCCAUUCAACGCCACACAAAGACACAACCCCAACGAAGACCCGCCUGUCCAGAACGCUGUCUGACAUGACCCUCACAGAGUCAGAAAACUCCGAUCCAGGUUGCUCCCAGUCUUACAUGAAGGUUUCCUACAGCCCUCACUUGUCAGACUGCUCGGUGUUCAGCCCAUCUACAUCGCAGAGUACCGCCGAUCCUGCAAGUCCAUCACCUCAGCUGCUAGAGUCUUCCUUAUCAAACGGAAAUCACUCCGCUGAAGAAGCCGAGGAGGAGGCGCUCGACGUGUCGUACUACCACAGUUUUCACAGCAGCGAGGGAGGAGGCAGCCAGGCACAUCAGGAAGGAGAGAGCCCUGUGUUUGAAGAAAAACCACGUCUAAAUGGAGGUGGCGAGGAUGGAGAUGCUGCGUUCAACUUCAGUGGGGCUGAAUGUGGGAAUGAAAAUGACAGGAAGGGUGAAGAGGAGGCCAGCACCUCUCAAAGUCCAAAGGCAGAGAGGAGCGGGCCUUCGCCAUCCUCUGGUUCUUUAGACAACUCAGAGGAGAGUCCUCUGAUUCCCAUGAUGCUUUACCUGCACCGGGUUAAAGGUCUGGUGCUGGCUCUGCUGGCAGAGCCUCACUUCUUGAGUGACUCGACAUCUAUGGAGGAAGUGUAUCACAGUAGCUUGGCGUCACUCAAUGGGCUGGAGGCCCAUCUGAGAAACAUCUCUCCAGGACCCCCAGGGGCUCCGGGACCCUACGUCUUUGCCCAUUUUGACUGCAUUCAGAGUACACUGACAGCCAACCUGUCUGGUCGACCAGGGGGAGCCCCGGAGCGUCCUUUUGUCAGAGCCACAUCACUUCUUCACUCGCAUUUCUGUAACACUGAAACUCUGCAGGAGGCUAUUAUCAGGAGUGCUGGGGCUGCUGUGUAUGGAACCCGCAGCGUAGCUCAGGAGACUUACUUCCAACAGCACGGGGGAUCACUGAGGAACUCGGGCAUCCCUAACCACCAGGACAGUGCUUUCUCGCUGCCCAGCAAGGCCCGACACAGACUACUGAAACACGGAGUUAACCUGCUCUGAGUGGACAGCAUCAAGGUGUCUGCUUUUGUUUAUCCGGUGAGGAGCUGUCCUGUGAGUAACUUUAAAAUCUAAGAAAUGUUUAUGAUAUGAUUCAGCCUCCUCAGUUUUGUAGCUGCUGUAGUUUUACCUCUAAAUAGAUGUGAGCACUUAUUAUGUAAGAAACUUUACUACACUGAUAUUCAGAACUUUUAGCAAUAGCUCUGAAUCUGCUCUGACAGAGAGCAUUGUUGGAAGCUAGAGUUACGUUUACAACGUUUUUUUUGAGUUUGAAAAUAGUUUGUUCACAAUUUUCUUCUUUAUUGCAAAAUCUAAAGCAAGUAUGUUCAUCUAAUUUCUUUUCAAACACAUUUACUAAAGAAAAUUCACUUAGAAAGUCGAGAAAAGUAAAGUGGUUGCCUCACUGGCAGAUUAUUUUUUUUUAACAAUGCAAGCAAUACCUGCCUAUUUUUUGUUUUUUAUAUCUUAAAAUGAGAUUUGUAUCUAGACUUGUUAGGCAAAUGUUUAAAACAUGUAGAUACGUUUGACAGGAACUCAGACAAAUAAACUUGCUUAUAUUUUAGUUUUGUUGAGCAAUGUGUUUGAAAACCUUUAGUUUUUGUAUCCAGAACUAAAAACUUUCUCUGUUUACACAUUUUGUGACCUUUUGCUCCUAAUUUUUAAUGUCUGUUAGGCCACAUUCCCUUUUUGUAUCAUUUAAUAGUAUCCUGAAGCAGUGGUUCUCAACUGGUGAUUUGGGACCCAAAGGUGGGUCAUGAAUGUGCACCUGGAAAAAUAUAUAGAAAAUCAUUAUCAGGGAUUUAUAACUGGACCGUCAAAUACCAAGUGGUAAUCCUUUAUAAUUUACUAAAAACGGUUUGAUAUCAAAAAGCUCAGAUUGGAUACAGAGGUGUUCUGGUAUGCCUUCAUUCAGACUGGGUUAGUUGUGGACAUGCAGCGUGUGCUGGCAUGCACUAAAGACCCAUCAGCUGAUGUGAUCUGUGGUAAACAAAAAGCAUGGCUUUAUUCAUGUCCAUCCAGUCACAGUGAUGGGAAUUCUGAUCUCUUUAGGGAUCCUGCUAUUUUGUCUCAGAUCUUUUGGCUCCCAAACAGCUCUUCAUUUGGAACCAUUUUACCUUUUUUAUCUUUAAAUCAACAAAAAAAGAAACAGUCUCUUAAACUGGAGCUCUUUGAACCACCUUGUCCACAAACAACACAUAACUACUCCCUCGUUACUUGUCUUAAAUUGUUAUUUCAAUCUAACCAGAUCAUAUGUUCGAUGGUGUAUCACCAUGUCCUUUAAAAACAUGUUCAUGAGAAAAUGAGGGAGAAAAGCUGUUAAAGAGGCACAGCCAGCCUCUUAGCUAAUUCACUAAUUCACCACCAUUCAUUGUGAGCGCAUACCAAACCACAGAAAUCAUAUGUGAGCUGUUCUGAUAUCAGGUACUGUCAGAGCACAGUAAUGAUCAAGUGCAGCCACUUGGUCUCAUCAUUAAUGCAAAAAUGUAAACGGGGCAAAACAUUACAGAAGCUCUAAGCAGAAAUACAUGCAGACAUUUUAUUUUAACUAGGUAGGCAUGAUCUUAUUGGCAUGAUAUCAGUAUCAAAAGAAAUGACAUUUCUGCAGAGAUCUACAGCUGAUAUAGCAGCUGUCAUAUUGGUGGUAUGUAUAAAAACAUUUGUGUAGUUUAAGGCGGGAUCAUCAGACUUCAGCUGAGGUCUUUUUCUUGUUUAUCAUCAUUCUUUAAAGUGAUAUUUUGGCAUUUUUAAGUGGGGUCGAUUGAGGUACUUAGCAAUAUUAGGAGCAUUAGCCUGCGGUGAUUUCAUUGAGCAUUGCACCCUCAGCUGUUUGAACAGACAACAACAAACUAAAACUACUUAUUUCAGCCCAGUUUUCCACUCCAACAGCUGACCAAGGUUAUAAUAGUUUUGGAUUUUUCAUUAGUUUUUAUUUAGUUUUCACUUUCUGUGUUUGAUUUCAGUUUAGUUUUUAUUAGUUUUGACUGCUGGUUUGUUAGUUUAGUUUAGUUUU